AGCGGCAGAAGCCGCCAGCAGCGAGCUUGUGAGUGCUGUGCAAUCGAAACAAUAACUACACAAAGCUCAUCGCGCUUCUGCAGCAGCCCCGGUAGCAGUAUAAGGUAGUGCUGGUGGCAAUUACAGAGAGCAGUAGUUGCAGUAAUGAGGUAAUCAAGCGCGUAAAAAAAAAAAGAAAGAAAGAAGGCCAAGGCAGUUUUAGCACCCUGGCAGGCUGCUAGCUGCCUAGCUGCCUAGCUUGCCUCUGCUCUGUAAUCAAGGAGUUUUGUGAGAAGAAAAAAAAAUAAAAGAGAGAAAGAGACGUCUCUUGAAUACUUAAAAAAAACAUCUCGCAAGCUCCAGCCGCGAGCGAGCUCAUACUCUCCCGCGAGGAUAUAACAUAAGUGGUAUAUAUGAAGAAGAAAAAAAGUGUUGCGCGCUCGUGAGUUGUAGCAGUGGUUAUGCGCGACUAUAACACUACCGCCACUGGAAAUGAGGUUCGGUUUUAUUCUCGUAACGGCCCUCGUAAUGAGCAUCAGCCGCAGCAGCCAAGUCGUCGGCGGUGGCAGUGGCAGCGGCAAGGCUCGAAAGUCAUCGACGUCGGCGCGCUCGAGCCGCUAUUACUUGGAGCCUCUGCAGCUGCAGCUGCAUUCGAAUCACAAGUGGCGCCUCGAGAAUCCUGAAACUCACCAUCACAUACGCCAUGGCGACUGGGUGCAGUUUCAAGCAUUAGCGGCUGCAGCCGAGAGUCAAAAGCUCCAGCAGCAGCAGCAGCAGCAGCAGCAGCAGCAGCAGCAGUACAACAAACUCGCGACGAGAAGUAGUAGCGGCGGUGGUGGUGGUAGCAGCAGCAGCAGCAGUAGUAGCGGCAUAGUUUGGCCGACUAAGCUCGAGGCGGUAAUUGAUGGAGGCGAGCUCAUUCUCGGUGGUCUCAUGAUGGUGCACGAGCGCGAGGACAGCGUCACCUGCGGCCCGAUAAUGCCCCAAGGCGGAAUCCAAGCGCUCGAGGCCAUGCUCUACACCCUCGAUCGGCUCAACGCCGAGGAUUUUGUGCCCGGCGUGAAGAUCGGCGCUCACGUGCUCGACGAUUGCGACAAAGACACGUACGGCCUCGAGAUGGCCGUGGAUUUUAUCAAAGGUUCCAUCAGCAAUAUAGACGGUGCCGAGUUUCAUUGCAACAAGACGGCGGUUAGGAAGGUUAUUGCCGGCGUGGUCGGCGCUGCGAGCUCCGUUACCUCCAUACAAGUUGCGAAUCUUUUACGACUCUUUCGAAUACCCCAGGUGUCAUUCUUCUCGACUAGCCCGGAGCUAUCCAACAAGCAGCGCUUCGAAUAUUUCACCCGCACCAUACCGAGCGACCAUUAUCAAGUCAAAGCCAUGGUCGAGAUUAUCAAGCAAAUGAAUUGGACCUACGUAUCAGUCAUAUACGAAGAAAGUAAUUACGGCGUUAAGGCGUUCGAGGAAUUAGAGAGCUUAUUGGCGAAAAACGAUAUCUGCAUUGCGGUAAAGGAGAAAUUGGUCAAAGAUUCUGGAGUCGCCGACGAGAGCGUGUACGACUCGAUUGUGCAAAAACUUUUGACGAAAAGGCGAGCCAGAGGCUGCAUUAUUUACGGCUCGGACCAGGAGGUCGCGGGCUUGAUGAGGGCCGUGAGACGCUGCAACGCCACGGGCGCGUUCUCCUGGAUCGGCAGCGACGGCUGGUCGGCGCGCGGCUUGGUCAGCGACGGCAACGAGCCCGAGGUCGAGGGCACCCUCUCCGUGCAACCGCAGGCCAAUCCGGUCGAGGGCUUCGAGGAUUACUUUUUAAAUCUCACCGUCGAGAAUAACAAGAGGAAUCCCUGGUUCGUUGAAUUUUGGGAGGAUCACUUCAAAUGCAAAUACCCUAACUCUUCGUUAACGCCCUACAACGUCAAGUACGAAAAUGCGUGCACGACCAAAGAACGACUAAUGAAGAGCGACAUGGCUUUCGAAAAUCAGCUACAAUUCGUUUCGGACGCAGUCAUGGCGUUCGCGUAUGCCUUUCGAGACAUGCACCGAGAUCUUUGCGGCGGCAAGGAGGGUCUGUGCGACGAGAUGCGACCGACCAAGGGCGAAGAGCUCUUGAAGUAUCUGCGCAAAGUCGAUUUUAAAGGCUUGAGCGGCGACAGAUUCAAAUUCGAUUCCAACGGCGACGGCCCGGCCAGAUAUAAUAUUAUUCAUUUCAAGCAGAUCUCGGCCGGCCAAUAUAAGUGGGUGCGAGUGGGUCAGUACUUGGAAGGCACUCUGCAUUUGGAUAUGAACGAAAUCCAAUUUCGGCUUGAACACGCUUCACCGCCAGAGAGCGUAUGUUCUUUGCCCUGUGAACUCGGUCAGGCGAAAAAAUACGUCGAGGGUGAGAGCUGCUGUUGGCACUGUUUCAAUUGUACUCAAUACCAGAUACGGAAGCCGAACGACGAGACGCAGUGCAUCGACUGUCCGGAAGGCACCGUGCCGGACGAGACCCACUCCUACUGCCGUGACAUACCCGAGGAGUUCUUGAAAUUGGAGAGCGGCUGGGCGAUAGGAGCCAUGUCCUUCUCGUCCACGGGAAUAUUGGUGACUUGCUUCGUGGUGGGAGUCUUCAUCAAGCACAACGACACGCCGAUCGUUCGCGCCUCGGGCCGAGAAUUAUCCUAUAUUUUAUUGCUCGGCAUACUCCUUUGUUACUCAGUUACCUUCGCGUUGGUGCUCAGGCCGACUAAUAUCGUAUGCAGCAUACAGAGAUUUUCAGCCGGCUUCUGCUUCACGGUGGUCUACGCGGCGCUGCUGACCAAGACCAACCGGAUCGCGCGAAUAUUUCGCGCCGGCAAGCAGAGCGCCAAACGGCCCUCCUUCAUAUCGCCCCGCUCUCAGCUCAUCAUCUGCUCGAUGCUCGUCUCUCUGCAGAUCCUCAUCAACCUCGUUUGGAUGGUGAUCGAUCCGGCUCGCGCGGAGCACGUCUAUCCGACCCGCGACGACAAUCUGCUCGUCUGCAACAGCUACGUCAACGCCAGCUACAUGAUCGCCUUCACCUAUCCGAUCAUACUGAUCGUCGUCUGCACGGUAUACGCGGUGCUGACCAGGAAGAUACCCGAGGCUUUCAACGAGAGCAAGCAUAUCGGUUUCACCAUGUACACGACUUGUGUGAUUUGGCUGGCGUUCGUGCCGCUGUAUUUCGGCACGGGUAAUCACGUAGCGCUCAGGAUUACCUCGAUGUCCGUGACCAUCAGCCUCUCGGCCUCCGUUACGAUUGCCUGCCUUUUCAGCCCCAAGCUGUACAUCAUUUUGAUACGUCCAGAGCGCAACGUGCGCCAGAGCAUGAUGCCCAACAGGCACGGCACGACGAAAAAUUCCGGGGUCACCAGCACGAACAUGUCGAGCAUGAUGGCGCCGGUGACCCUCACGGCGGUGACCUGCGAUCAGAAUAAAACCGUUCAGCAGCAUCCUGUACUGGCUAAUAGGACGGAUAAUUCGACGCAAAGCGAGUGCUUUGAACUGAAGACCCGUGAUCUUCAGUCAACGAGGAGACAAAGUUCGGCACUCGUGUCCAAGUCCACGCAGACGCAGAACAAUAACAACAACAAAGACAACUUCAAAGAGCAAGGCACGCUGUCGCUUUGUUCCCAGCCGGAUGGAAGCAGUAGCGCGGGUAGCAAAUCAGCGAUCACCGAUGCGUGCGGCACGAAUCGCAGGAGUCAAGGCGCGGACGACGAGGGCGCAUCUUGACGGCAGGCAUCCUCGGCCGAGGCCGAUCAAUGAGAUUGUUGAUAGCAUUUGGAAUACAAUACGUAAUGUGUAUAUUAUAUCAUAUAUAAAUAUAAUAUAUCUCUCUUGUAAACUACUCGUGAUGUGUACACACCAAGAAAAUUAUGUGUAUUUUUAGUUGGAAGUUGAUCUUUUAACGUAUACACUGUUAUUAAUUAAUUGAACGGUACCACCGAUCGAAGUAAUUUUAUGCAAUGCAAAAGUUUUUUUGCGUGGCUUCCCGAUACAGAUAAGUGUUUUUAUUUCGUACCGAAAAACGCGCGCUAGUUUGCAAUUUAGCAAAUAUUUGAAAGCAAAAUAAACUUUACUCUUAUAUUCUUUACUUUGGC